AUGUCCGACACCGAAGAAGACCAUUACGCCGACGCAAUGGAAGUAGAAGCCGUCGCUGCGGAAGACGAAAUGUCUUCUGCUGAGGACAACGCCGACGAUGACGAAGAAGAAGAAGAAGCGAUCGUGGAAGCCCAAGCGGUGGAAGCCCACAAUGAUGACGACGACGUUGGUGACGAUGAUGACCACAAUAAUAACGAGGAGUUUGCCGCAGUCGCGGCUCCCAUCGAGGACGAAGAAGAUGACGACGACGAAGAAGAAGCCGUAGCUGCGGCGGUGGUGGUAGACGAAGACGAGGAUAGCAAUGAAGUGGACGUGCACACACUUCCCCCCUCCAAGCCAAGACCCACCAAGUCCUCAUCUGGAGCAGCCGGCGGUGCAACUGCCAAAAAGGUGAACAAAAAGAAGAAGACCGCGGCGGCCUCUACCAAAAAGUCAACUGCGAGUAAUUCAACGACCACAACGCAACCGCCCUCCAAAAAGAAAAAGAAGAAAAAGCCCGAAGGGUCGUCCUCCGAACUCGCCGGCUACGCUAAGGUUCCCCCGGAACGUCUCGAAGCCGGUGCCGAUGCCCGUGCCAUGCUCCGCGAAACCGUACCCACGCUACCCAUGGCCGUAGCCGAAACCCAAGUCCGUUCCUUUGGGCAUUUGGUACUGGACAGUCCCAAAGAUGCGGCCGCGCACAGUCGAUUCGCUACUACUAGCGCAUUGUAUCCCAUUGGCUUUUCUUGUGAUCGCUACGAGUUCAGUCCGGUGCACGGUCGCACGCUCAAAUUGCGCUGUUCCAUACUAGACGGUCGAAUCAUCAAACGUAAGCAAAAGGCCUCGGGUCAUCCCGUCUCCAAAAUUCACGAUGGUCCCAUCUUUCGCAUUCUAUGGGGUCGCGGAGUCGACGAGGAAGUGGACACGAUUGAUUAUCCCUUUGAUCCCAAGAUACACGCCCAGCCCGUCGGCCGCAAGGACAAGAGCAGUAGCUCGGCCUCGACCACUUCACUCGGAGCGUUGUUUCUCCCGGAACCCCACAUGCGCGUCAAGGUGCGCUUCGACAAGCAUCAAUAUUUUGGCGGAACAGUCCUUUCGGUGGUCAAACCGGAAGUGACGUCGCCUAAAUUCAAAAAGGCGCGCACGGCAUCGUCAGUGGCAAUCCGCAUUCGCUACGACGACGGAUCCGUCGAAACAAUUCAGUAUCCCGAUCCCGACGUCAAACUAGCCAUGCCAGGUGCCGAAAACGACAUUGACGAUCAAGGACGAUUAGAAUUGACACAGAUCGAUGACAAGCCCGUCAUGUCUGUCGUCGGAGAGUCUCCACUGGAAGCCUGGGGGAAAGUCUUGACAAAACUUGGUCUGCUGGAUGAGAUCAUGCUUGAUAUGGCAAUGGACCAAGUCGUCAAGUCUCGAGCACAAGGUCUACAAGAAGCCAAGCAAAAGCUGGAAGGAAAAUUUCCCUUGCCGCCGCAUCACGUCCCGCGUUCCGUCACCAAGUCCCCCCUUCCCGAUCGAGGAUCUCCUGAUAGUAGAGCGGCUUCACCAUAUCCAGUUUCGUCCAACGGUGACGAUGAGGGUGUAUCGACUCCUGCAAUGGAGGAAUCAAACGAUGGAGAGCAAGCCGUCGAGGCCGAACAAAUAGACGAAGAUCGUGAGCCCAUGUCGGAACGCGAAAAGCAUCUACGGGAAAUGCUGCAGGAGGUGACGGAAGAGUUGGAGGAAGUAGAAGCAGAGGAACGGUCGGCGGCCAUUGCGUUAGCCGACGCACGUAUUCACGCUGUGGGUCCACUUUUGUGCAAUCCUUUCCAUGAUGAUGAGUCUGGGAAGUCGCAGCAAAGUUCGUGGCUGGCUACGGCCGUCCGAAAAGAAAAAACUCGAAUGGGUAGUACCGGUAACAGGCGCAAGGUGGUUACAGCACUCGAUCUGUUGGAGCGCAACGAUACGUUUUACAACGCUGAUAUUGAAGCUUUGAUCGAGGGUCUUCCAGGAAGCGAAUAUUGCGGUGCGUAUGUCUACCAGGCUUUCCGAUCUGGCGGAUCGACUUUAUUGAAUCGUGCAUGGAUCCACGAAGCACAGUUGCGUCAAGAGAAAGAAGCCAUAAAACUUCUCAAGCGCUCGAGAGAGUGUGAAGUCAAGGAACAGCAAGAACAGGAACGCGCUCAAAAGAAGCGCAAACGAGAAGAAGACAGAGAUGAAAAGAAAAGACAAAGGCUGGAGGAGGAAGACCACAGGCGAAAGCUUCGCAUCGACGAACGCCUUUCUAAGCUCAAGCUUCAGGUUGAAGACCGGUUGUAUAAGGAAGCAUCCUUUCAGAGAGAAAGGGCUGCUGCUGUUCUUGCCAAAAGUGUCUCGAAGGAGUUCGUCCGUAGGCGGCGGGCGGCAGAGUUGGUCGCUAGUCAGUCCAUCAUUGAAGAAAAGAAUAGAGCGUCGAUCCGAGGAGCUGAUGCAAUGGUUGCUUUGUCAGCAAUCCCUCCGAUCUCCAAGAUUUACGACGAGGAUUCGGUUCGCGUUUGGAAUUUUAUGUCGACCUUUGGAACCUUUUUUCUUGAGAGAGGCUUUAUCGCCGAGAUUCCCACCUUGGAUUCUCUUCAAGACGCUGUUGACUGCCUUCGUGGUACUUCAAGGGUGACAGCAAUGGCUGCCGAUGACGCUGUGACAUCACUUACUGAUUUAGCCAUUGCUCUCUGCAAGCCUCUGGCUGCUAGUCUGACACGCGUGUUGUUUGCAAGCCUUAUUGCACUGAAUCCGAUUCUGCAAAAAGACUUUGGAGCGGCAUUUUUCAAUGAAGUAAAUGCAACUUCGACAAAGGAUAGAAAAGAAGAGGAGGCUGGCGACGAACCCACAACACAGCCAUCUGACCUUUUACUACCGGUCAACUCAAUGACAUGGCAAGACAUAGCUCGAGUUUCUUUCCUUUCUGAUGCUCUUGGCGAACUUGGAUACGCGAGGCACGAAGCUGCUCACUUAUUGCGUGGAUACAGAAGCGCAGGUCAUCCUAAUUCUAAGGAAGCGCGUCGCCUUCGACAGGCAGAGGACAAUGCAAUUGCUCUUUUGCGUCAAGAGAUUUCAAGUUGUACGGAUGUACAAAAGAGAGAUCCAAAAGUGCCGUUUCGAAUUGAAGUUCCUUGCCGGCCGACUGCUGCUGCACUGGACUUACGCUUCUUCUUGUCGAAUAUCAAGUCGGCAUCUGACAAGGCUUUUUAUGUAAUCCACGACAAUCUAGCCAGCGCUAUUCGUGUACUGCCAUCCUUGCCGCUUGACGAGGCGCUUCUUGUACAGAGCAACCUUGAACAGGCGACAAAUCUAAUCCAAGGUAUUGCUGAAUCUGAGCAUCCUUCAAAAAAUGAAUUGAAAGUGUUACGAAAGGUCCGUAACCUCUGCAUUGACUCGCUUGAAAAAGCAAGUGCAAACAAGUCGACGAAUUGGACAUGGAAGCAACGGCAAGAAGCCACACUUGUCCUUGGUGAUGGGACAAGAACGGUUGCAACUCGUCAAACAAUGGGAUUACUGGAUGGUCUCCUUUUAUGUAAGAGUGAAUUUAAGGAACUUUCGCAUCGGCGGGAGAAAUAUAUGGAAGACGCACUACGUCUGAAGGAAGAAAUGGAACGAGAAAAACUGAAAGACGAAGAUGAUGAGGACGACGAGGACGAGGACGAUGAAGACGACAACGGGGAGAGCCGUGUGGAAAUCGUUGCGCAGAUUGAUUUAAAUCACACCGACAGCCCAAGCGACGCCAAAGAGCUUCGAGAGUCCACAGAUUUACCGGUAAAGAUUGGCAAGGAGACGCCUUACGAUGACUUCUGCGCAGACAUUCCCCUUGCCCCAGAGUUAAUCCGUAGGUGUCUGGCUGUUCUGCGUGCGCUCGCAAUGACCGGGCCAGCGGAACCAUUCCAUUAUCCCGUUGACCCUCAAACCAAUCCCGGAUACUACGAUAUGGUCCUGCAGCCAAUGUGUCUGCGCGAAGCGGGACGGCAGUUGCGAGUUGCUGCCGAUGCUCAUCGGAAAGCCCGCAAUCAGCAUGAUCAAAGCAUUGAAGCUGCUGUCGCUCAAUUUGGUAGGAAUAUACGCCUGAUUGCGCAGAACUGCCUAUCGUACGCGAACGCUGGCCCCACUGUCAUAAGCGCGGGUUCAGAGUUGCUUCGAAUUUUUGAGCGCCUUUUUCUUGACUGGGUACUCGCUCCCGAUCAUCUGCUUCCUUCGUUAAACGAGCUGGAUGAUGAUCGAUGUAUUGAUCACCAUCCGUCAGAUGAGCAAUCAACGGUGUUGCUGUGUGACAGUUGCGAAGGGAAAUUCAACAUCACCCGACUAAACCCCCCGCUUCGGGACAUCCCGAAAGGUGAUUGGUUUUGCCCUCGCUGCGUAAGCGGUCGCUGGUGGGGUCAUCUUGAUCCGCGCAUCGGAAAGAGGGUGAAAGGGGGUACCGACAAUUCUUUUGAAGGUAAUGGGGAAGCUACAAUAGAGAAAUGCGCUUUUAGAUGCCCGGAGAAGCGACAAGGAAAUUCGACUUUGAUGUACCAAGUAAGGUUUAUCGACGGACGUAUUGAACAGUGGUCGUUGGAGAAGCUAGACAGUGCUUUAGCCAUAUCCGGCUUGUCCGUUCCCGCGAUUAAGUGUCUUGAAGCAGUUUCCGAGAGCCCUGGGUAUGGUUAUGGAGUCGACCACGGGCUUCGUGUCGAUCUGGUUCCUGUUCCGCUCAAUCCAUACGUGUCGGACGCGGCUGCGCAGGUCGUAUUAUCAAGCUCGGUCUUUCGCGAUACCAUUACAGCUUCUGCGACAUUGCUUGUGAUCGAUCCUAGAGAAAUGACAGCAUCAGAAUGGCUGAGGCUACUUGUUCUUCUCACUAUGAAAUGCUCCUCAAGUGACGUCAUUCAAAACGUUGUUAGCGAAAUGGAAUCGAAGGCAGCUGAAACUAUGUCUUUAAGUCUCGAGAAACUUUCAAAGGUAACGGAUAUCAAAGACAUCCUACCAGAAGUCAUUGAAGAUGACGGUGACGUCCCUCCAAUUGAAGAGUCUGCAAGUCAUGUUAUAGGCGAGUCGGAUUUUGUUGAAAGUCAGCGAUUUGACACGUCCAAUGGAAAGUCGGAUGAGACUCGACCGUCCACCCCGAAAGUUGAGCGAUUCAGUGUUGUUGAGGCCAGCUCUGUUGAAUUUGUGGAAGACGUUGACAUGGACACGAUGCCAGAUACGCCUGGUUCCAUUUCAACACAAGAAGCCACUCAAGUUGCUGAAGCGAUUCCGAUCAAUCAGGAGAAGGUAGAUAUUCACGUCAAGGCAAAGAAAGCGAAAUCCAAGAGGGACAGAAUCAUCGAGGACAGCAUAGUCGGAUACAAUGUUAAGUCUCAACUUCGCCCUGCACUAGCUUCCUUUGAACAGGACAGUGUGUCGAGUGUGAUUGAUUCCAGCCUAACUAAAAAUCCCACGCUCGACUUUUCAAAGAUGCGUUGCCGUCGUACGGUCUGCCAUUUCUGUGGACUAACAGACGCCGCACUCGGUCUUCCUCUAGUUCGCGUCCCGAACGAAGAAGAAUGGAGCAGUUUGAUAGCUCUAGCAUCAAGAGGUAGACGGACGCAUUUAAUUGCCGAAGUUCCUGCUAUCGACGUUGUUUCCAGUCCCCAUACCAAGCAUAAAGAGCCGAAACUUGUGUCAUUGUCAAUACGUGUCGGCGAAGAGAUUAUUUCAGCCAAAGAGACGCUUUUCACGAAGUUAGACGAUGUUGGAAUGCUUCAACUUAUCCCCAGAUCAGAACAAGGGUUUCAGUCGGAUUUGUUGUUCAAGUACAAUCUUGGUCUUCCGUUUGUGUCUGGCUCGCUAUCCGCCCAUGAAAGUUGUGCUGUAGCUGCUCAUAAUGCACGCAAGGAGAUGAUGAUUGAGAAGUACAGAGCACGACGAGCCGAGCUUGUUGAAAAAGAAGCUGGAAUGGCGUGUGGUCGAACUCUCCAACUCGGACAGGAUCGGAUGGGUCGCACUUUUUGGAAGUUCCUGAGCGACUCAGAGUCUCUUUUUGUCUGUACCGACUCGACUGGAAAGUCGGCUCCAUCCGAUCAACCUGUUUGGCAUCGAUAUUCAUAUCCUGAGAGUAUAGCAAGCGUUUUGGUCGGGCUAGACAAGGAUGAUGUUGUCAAGGACUUAGAAAGGGUGUUCCCCUUUGCGGUUCGCAUGGUGAAGGAAAGAACUUGGACGGAUAUGCUGCUUAAGAAAAAAUUUCCUCAAGUCAGCCAUUUCUUGAGCCGUGGUGCUCACAGCAAUGGGGAUGCUAUGGAUAUCAACGGCGAACGAUCAGUCGAAGUGGAAGGGGGGUUUGAUCCUUACUCUGAGGGCGAGGAAGUGUUGGUGGAGUCGAAGUCCGGAGACCUUCUUUGGGAUGCCAGUGUGAUUGAAGUGUCAACGGGGAGCGGGGAUGACUUGGUCAGAGUAAUUGACGCUUACAAGGUCUCUUACAACGGUUGGAGCGCUCGUUUUGAAGAUUGGGUGAAGCCUAGUCGGGUAAUUGAGCCGAACGAAAAUAACCGAUUAUUGCAGGACGAAUUACUAGAACAGUAUUCGGAGACUCGCGGCGGUUUGCCACCAGCGCUUAACAUGUUGAGGGCGAAGGAUUACCUAAACAUCCGGGAUCGUGCUCGCGGAAAUUUGCCGCUUCCCGAUUUUGCUCGGAUCGCCUACUUGAAUGAAGGCAUGUCAUCGAGCGAAAAGACUUUUGGUUUGGCGAAAGCAGCUCUUCUUGCGGUUGACGCUGCCCUUCCCAUUGGUUCGCUGGAUGCCACGGACAAAGGUCCGUGGCGCUCAACAUACGCAGAACGGUGGAGAUCAAUGGUAAAGAAAGCCGAAGGACCGGCGCAGCUCAUGAGGUGUAUCAUUUUGUUGGAAGAUACCAUCACUGAGGAUUGGAUCAAGCAGGAUCUGGGACACUUGCGCACAGUUUUACCUGGGCGUUGGAAAGCUUUAGGAGAAGCGACACCAGCAGGCCUAGCCAUGCGCAUUAUCCUCUUGGACCGAGCCAUUAUGUACGAAACUGUAGAUCGCAAGCGAUUUUCUUGCAAAAAAAAGCAGAAGUAAUCAAGUUUCGUCAUGAAUGCUUUGUCAGCAAGUAUUAACAGACAAGAUGGACCCACAAAGCCGCACUUUUGGGCUUUGCUAUUGACUGUGACUAUGUUAUCAUUUUUUUGCUGACAACGUCAAUACUACAGUGCCGAGUAGACGUAGAAACAGUUCUGUGAACCCUACACAAAGGCGAGAAAAGUGGAAUCCUCAACAGGAAAUUUGGUGCUUUGGUCUCUUUUGAAGCAAAUAGUCACAGGUUAUUAUGGUUGACAAUUUUGGCAACCUAAUAUCAUUGAUGUAAUAGUAAAAGAAACGUCACACUUUCUAUUCGU